UUCGCCGCCGUGGUAGUCGGAGUUUCUGUAGUACUUUAUAAUGUAGACGAUGACGUGGCGGACUCUGACGACGUAGAUGCUGUUGUAGCAACUGUACAGUCGACUCUCUCUAAGACGGACACCUUUGGGACCGGCACUAAGUGUCCGUCUUAGAGAGGUGUUCGUCUUAUAGAGAGUCAAAUAAAGGGAGUAAAGAAAGGCAGGAACCAACUCAAAGGGUCCGUUUUACAGAGGUGUCCGUUAAGAGAGAGUCGACUGUAGUUGCUUCUGUGGUUGUUGUUGGUGCAGAUGCUGGCAUAGGGGAUUCUACAGUUGAUAACGUGGCUGCUGUUGUGGCAAUUGUCGUUAUUUCUGUGGUAGUUGCUGGUGUAGAUGAUGACUUAGUAGAUUCUGUACUUGAUGACGUAGACCCUGACGUACUUGUUGUAGGUGCAUCUGUGGUACUUGGUGGUAAAGACAAUGACGUGGUUGCUUUAGUAGGCACUGUUGUCGUGUAUGACGUAGACGGUGGUGUUGUUUCUGCUAUAGAAGUUGGUGGUGUGGUUGAUGUUACAGUUGGUGACAUUGUAGAACUCUUUAAGUUUCCUAUUGUCCAGUCAUCUGUGAAUUCCCAGCAUGAAAAAGACGUUAGUUCUGUUUUUCGUUUGUUUAACUGA